AUGAGCGCCAUUUUUAAGUGGACAAUCGGGCACUUGAGCAAAUUUAUUGACAGAUGGUUCGACGAACAAAUAAUUUUUGCUUAUUGUUUGAGCUGGAAGACUCGGACAACAUGUCUUUCACGAGGCGAUCGCGACAUCGCCAUUGGGGGAACUGACAUAUAUAUAGGAUGGUAUCAAGCGCUGAUAGGUUGGGAAAUUUGGAACCAGAUCUUUUGUGGGGGCCUGUUUGCCUGGGUCAGUUUAACGGAGAAUUGGCUGUUGUAUUCACAAUCUAAUGACGCUGGGCUUACCAGGCCAGACGAAACCGGCCGCUGCAAAAAUCACACAAAAAACAUUCACAUUGCCGCCGUCAAUGUUUUAGGUUCAUUCUGGUGGGCGGCUUCAUCCACCCUUCCCCGAUACGUAAAUGACAGGCUGGCGUUUGUUCAGAUGCUGAGCAAAACCAAUACCAAACCGUUCCUGGCAUCUGAUCAAGUUCCGAGAUCCCUUGAAGAGGAGUGGUUAAAACCUCUUCUCGCUUGCAGAAGCCCCUUCAUCGCCCGCUACGGGAGCAUCCACCUCAUGUCAGAGUCAAGACCUGCAUACAUUAGUCGGCAAACGUCGACCACUCUUCCAAUUGACCAACCAAGUAGUCAGGAUGAAGAAAUAAAUCACACGCCUGGUUCGGGACCUAGCAUUCAAGACCUCCUUGCACUCACCGCCAUCAUCAUCAUGCUGGCUUGGCCCUGGGCGUUCUUUGGCGCGGUUUGGAUUAGGGGUGGUGUGCAAUUGAGCAACCAUAUGGCUAGGGUUGUGACAGACAACCCUCAUGCCACCACCUACUUCGUCACGCUGAUCUGCAGCAUCAUCUCCAUGAUCACCGGCGCUUUAUUUUCCCUCGCAAUCAUACGUUUCGCCCAAGAAUUAGUCACUCACCGCUCGCCUACCCGACCCUUUCACCUCAGAGUGCUAUUAUCUUUUCGACAUCAGACCUGGCCUUGGGGAAUGAACGUGAAAGGCGCUAAGUAUCUGAUCCACAAAAAUAGAUGGUGGCCUGCGGUCUUGUUGAUCGUCUGUAUUUUGACGUUUCCUCACUUGAUAUCAAGCACCGCGAGUCUCCUCGCUCCAAUCACGUUCAACCGAACGGCACAUCUCACCGGGACCGAGAUCGAUUUCUCUGGCGGCCCUGAUUGCCAAGCUUGGUUCAAUAACCACCCUUUAUCCAACAAUUGUGGCUAUCAGUUGUACGGUAAUCUGCCAUACACCAACUGUCUUGGAGAGAAUCAGAUGGUUGACGUCCUUGAGUCUGGUCGCGGUAACAUUCUUGAGUUAAUAACAAACAACAAUGAAAGUCUCACCUUCAGUCAGCUCGGUGGUAACGGCGGACUACAUUUUUUGGGAUCCAUGCGAGGGGUUUUGCCUAUUGGUCCUAAUGGCGUCCCCGAGUUCAACACGCUCAGGCCUUCUCCCUUUUCAAAUCCGGAGAUAAUGGCAGGAAUGGUUUCGUACGACUACACCCUCGAGCAACAAGGUCUCACCAGUAACGUCAGUUGUAAUUUCUUACCCACUGGCACAAAUCCUUUCUCUGGUGGAAAGAUUCUCCCGGCGGACCCCAGGGAAGCCACUGGUGGCUUCCUUGCGGUAACAUACAAUCUUACCUGCAGUGAUUAUGGAGAACUCCAGGUUUUGACUAACGUUACGUUUUUUGAAUCGACCUGGAGCAACAAUGCAUUGGUAUAUUGGGCAUGCCAGUCGGCAUCGAACGGGAUACGGACGGACUCUUAUUCAAUCUAUCUGGCUGGGAUUGGGCACUACAGCGACACGAUUGGCAGUAUCAAUUGCUCCGUAAAGCCGAUACAAACCGCCAUAUUUCCGGUGACGUACGACUCCACUACAAACAUCUUUUCGGCAGCGCCACCGACCCUUGAAUCCUCCCAAGUCAUCACCUUUCCAAACCUUCUGCCCUAUGCCUUGCGAGGGCUGGGAGAAGUCGUUUCCGAGGGACAGAAUUUCCAGUCCAAUCUUGUCGCUGAGUCUGUCCUUACCUUCGCAUAUAAGUCCUUCAAUGUGUCGGUGAACGCCACUCGGCCUCCAGAGUUUCUGUGGUUAUUUGAACGAAUAAUUCAAGGCAUCAUUGAAUAUGAGGUCUCCUACCUGCGAUUGAUAUACUCGACGGUCGGAACUCAACCUGCUGAUUGCAAUCGCAAUGUGGCCGGUUCUGCGAACUACGAGGUCGUCGGUUGGUUUGUGUCGCGUGCCAACGUUGGCUUUUUGAUCCCAAUAACGAUCAUCAAUGGGGCUGCUUUCGUCGCUCUGGUUAUAGCUAUGUGGAUAGCGUGGACUAACGGUCACAUAUUUCAUCCGUUCCAUCCCAGACCAGUCACCAUUGCGAAAGAUCUUGACAAGGAAGAACGGGUUCCGGAUGAAUGGGGUCGUAAAGUUACUUAUCAUCCCACGACGGUCUUAAAGGAAUUCUUUAAAAAAGAUGUGGCGGGCAAUCUCAAGAAGGACAUCAAAGCUGUUGUGCACGACGUUGAGAAAGUCGGACAAGAGUUUAUGGCUGGUCCUAGUAGUGAUAGGCGCUAG